AUGGAGGAGAAACUGUGGAAGAAGGCAGAAGUAACCCACUGCUUCCUCUCAACCCAACUGGAGAUCGUUCUGGCCCCCACUCUCGCAGCGUGCCAACAUAGCGUCACCACCCUACAGGUGUUGGUGGUAAGUGCCUGCAAGAGCGAGGAGUCUGCUCCACCCCUUGCCACGCCCCCAGCGUCCCUGUCACAGUCGUUGCGGCGGUUGGAGCGGGGUGAUGGGCACCUCCUCGCGGCCCAUGAAGCGAAUUCCGGAGCUGGAAAGGGCCACCCCGGUAUAAGGGGUGGGCGAGGCGACGGGCUUCCGCUAGGGGCGCGUGCUGGUGAGAGGUCCCGCGGUGGCCGGAGUGGGGCUGAGGGCCCUGAGGUCUGGUGUUUUCUGUUUCUCCGCCAGUCUCCCUACCAGCGGCUGAGCCAGAGGAUGCUGGACGUUUCCGGGGACCGCGGCGUGCUCAAGGAUGUCCUCCGAGAGGGCACGGGGGACCUAGUGACCCCGGACGCUGCCGUCUUAGUGAAGUAUUCUGGCUACCUGGAGCAUAUGGACAAGCCCUUUGAUUCAAAUUGCUUUAGGAAAACUCCUCGACUCAUGAAACUGGGAGAAGAUAUCACACUGUGGGGCAUGGAACUGGGCCUUCUGACAAUGCGGAGAGGAGAGCUGGCCAGGUUUCUGUUCAAACCAACCUACGCCUAUGGAAUGCUGGGCUGCCCCCCUUUGAUCCCCCCAAACACCACCGUCCUCUUCGAGAUCGAGCUGCUGGACUUCCUGGACUCUGCCGAGUCAGACAAGUUUUGUGCCCUCUCAGCUGAGCAACAAAACCAUUUUCCACUUCAGAAGGUCCUCAAAGUGGCCGCUACCGAGCGAGAGUUUGGCAACUACCUUUUCCGCCAAAAUCGUUUCUAUGAUGCCAAAGUGAGAUAUAAGCGGGCCUUGAUGCUCCUCCACCGGCGCUCAGCCUCUCCUGGAGAGCAGCACCUGGUGGAAGCCGCCAAGCUCCUUGUUCUCCUUAACCUGUGCUUUACGUACCUGAAGCUGGAGCAGCCCUCCACGGCCCUGCGCUAUGGAGAGCAGGCUCUGAGUAUUGACCAGAAGAACCCCAAGGCCCUCUUCAGGUGUGGACAGGCUUGUCUCCUCAUGACUGAGUAUGAGAAGGCCCGGGAUUUCCUAGUCCGUGCCCAGAAGGAACAGCCCUUCAAUCACGACAUCAAUAAUGAACUGAAGAAGUUGGCCAGCUGUUACAGGGACUACACGGACAAAGAGAAAGAAAUGUGCCAACGAAUGUUUGCUCCGGGUGAUAAUGACUCAACAGUGGAAGAAAACAGAAGGUAA